AUGGACGGAUCCGUUCUCUUCCUCCUCUUCAUCUGGAUGGUUCUCUCCCUCAGCUCGUCUUCUUGUGCCAAGGAUGAGACAGACGUCCUGCCCUGCCCACAGCACCAACAGUCCUUUGAUGGGUCCUGCUAUGAAUUUGUGGGUCUGCGGCGCCCCUUCCUGGGCGCUCAGGGUUGGUGUGAGAAUGGCGGAGGACACUUGGCGUUCAUCCUCAAUGACGAAACACAGCAGUUCCUUCAGAAGCACCUGGAACCAGAGACAGACUGGUGGCUUGGCUUGGCGCCAGCCUCUCCAAACCUUACCCUGGACUCUGCAGCUGCCGAGGAUCCGUGUGCUCUGUCAUGGCUGGACGGCUCAGACAUCAGCUAUAGUAACUGGGUGGAGAGUCCGGACGCAGCAGCAGCCUGUGGACAUGUUCUGGGACACGCCGCUUUCCAAUGGAGGGCGACCGGCAACUGCAGCCAGGAACUACACUUCAUUUGCCAGUUUGAGACUGGCAGGUCGGUUGCAUGCGAUGGCCGAAAUGCGACUCUGCAGUGUGGUUCUGGUCAAGUUAUAGAAAUAGACGACAGCUUCUACGGCCGGAAAACAAUCCAUUACUGCCGAUCCAGAAGUCUCCCCAGACCUGCAUCCACCCAGGAGGAGUGCAGCUGGAUGGAUGCGGUGCAGUCCGUCACAGGUCAUUGCCGCGGCCUCCAGUCUUGCCAGGUGGGGCCAGAUGUGAGCUCCUUCCCGGACCCGUGUCCUGGUCUGGGGAGUUACCUGUCUGUCGACUAUCGCUGCAGAGAUGGGCUCCACUUGUUGAUAAGUAAACUGGCUGCUGUUUUUGACAACGUCACCAUCACCGUGAAGUGGCUCCUCCAUCCAUUUCAGGGCAACCUCAGCUGCACACUGAGUGCCGGGGACGGACACACCAUCGAGCCCUACAGCCCUGCACGGUUGGAGAGCAGUGUGAUGCACAGAUACACUACGCCGGGUGUUUUCCUGGUCAGGGUAGAGUGCUCCACCAGCGACUGGCAUGUCACCGCUCACAAAACCAUCUCCGUCCUGGAGCCUGUCGGACAGCUCGGUGUCAUACGGUGCUUUAGCAGAAACCUUUCAACAGACAGCAGUGAAUGCAUGGCUGUCUAUGGAAGCCCUUUUAAAGUCCAGGUUGAAUUACAGGCAGGAACCAAUGUGACCUUGAGAAUCCAAAACAGAGAAAUGCUGGUUGCAAAUUCAAUGGUUAACGGCAGCGGUGUCCCUCACAACAUGUCGGUUGCAGCCGAGGCCGUGGGGCAGCUCGGGCUCGGCUGCCAUCAACUGAGCCUGCAUGCGUCCAACAGCAUUAGCGGGAACGGUGUGUCUGCACCGCUGCAGUUGUGUCUGAUGGAGGAAGUGGACGGCCUGCAGGCGUCCAUCGUGGCGGAGGAAGACGAGUGUCCCGAUGCUUCAGAACUCCUCAUCAGUGUGUCAGUGAGGCGAGGCAUCCCCGUCCAGCUCCUCUUCUCUUUGACCGGAGACAACGACAUGUUGUCUGAGAACAGAGACCUGUUGAAUGCCUCCUCACAAAUCUUCCAUUUCUUCAACCCAGUCGAAGGACUCUCAGGGGUGAAAAUAAGAGCCGUGAAUGUCUUCUCUGCGGCGGAGGUGGAGGUGGACCUGGAAAAGAUCAUGAAAGCUUGUCAGAAUUACUCGGACGCCUCAGAUGAGCGUGGAAACACAAUGGAGAACAUGAGCAUUCCCAGUUCAGACCAGUUUAUAAUUGUGGCCUCUGAAGACACACUGGUGGACCGCAGUCAGAGUCUCAUACUGGAAGUGAAUGGGACAGGGGAGCUGACUGGAAGCCGAGGAAACAGUUCUACUGGUUUCCUCCACACAGAAGGAGAAUGCAGAUGCAACGGAACGACAAAUGACACCACUCAUGUCAUUGAAGAAGACUGUCUUCCUGAUCCACUUCAGUUCUUCAAGUACGUUUUCAGUGUGAGGAAAAAAGCCUGGUUCAGGAAACGGGUUGACCUGACUUCCACAUCUCACUGCGUCACCGUCACGCCAGAGGAAUUCACACAUGUCACCAUCAGUUGUGAUGACUGUACCUCUGCCAGCAUGAGUGACCAUGUAAAAUUCAGCCUGACCUGUCAGUCAACUUGUCCAGAUGUGUUGUGGCAUAUUGAGGACCCCAAACCUUUGACAGGGGAACUGACAGACUGUUACAGCAGCGCGGGUCGGAAGCCGCUGAUAGAAAAGCAGGAUGGUGACACUGAAUACAGGGUGGACAGCCGACAUCUGAGAGAUGCAGAAAACACACACCAGAACUUCACCGUCGUUGUUUACGGUAAGAAGGUGCCAGGCUAUGCCAGAUACACAAUUCCCCUGUCGGAUAACACACCACCGGAGCCAGACGUCAUCUCACAAGGUACCCCCGACCCGGCUGUUGCCCUGCCUCCUCUGUCAUGCAGCAUCUCUCCGCCAGCGGGGACACAGCUGGACGCUUUCACCAUCAGCUGCUCGGCCGCCUCCUUCUGCUCAGCAGGCUCCUGUCUCUACUGCUUCAGAGCAGACCGUGGUGAGCAUCUGCGUUGCAGUCACAUGAAUGAAGUGAAAUCUGUCUUUCUGCCUCUUGGAGACGAGAACCACAAUUACAGUCUAUCUGUUGUGGUGACGGUGAAAAAUGGAAACGAGAAGAUUUCCACAGUCAUCACCACUCAGGUGCAGAGAAGUCAGAGCAGUUCGUCGGUAGAAUCUCUGCAGACCGCAGUCCAGGGUUCUGUAACCCAGCUGGAGCAACAAGGUCUUCUGUCUGGAGAAGCUCUGGCUCAGAUCUUCACCUCCGUGUCCGACAUGCUCAACAUGGAGUCCAACCAAGACCAGCAGGAUGCGAGGAAGAAGCUCAGAGAACAGAUGCUCACCAGAAUGACAUUGGUUCUGCUGGAGUCCCCCACCAACAGGACACAGGAAGUGCAUGUGACAGCGCUAGCGGUCGCAGGCCUCACCAAGCUGGCAGAUGAGCUAACACCCGCCGCUCAGGUUGAGGCUAGUUCGCUGUUGGCAAACCUCAGUUCUUCCCUCCAGUCCAUCAGUGAAAGUCAGGCUGGUGAUGAAGAUGAAGAUGACGUGGCCGAAGCAGCCACGCCCAUUGUAGAGGCAGCCAGUAACAUCCUGAAUGUGUCUUCCAAUAAAAAAGUCUCUGAUUUACUUCUUACUGGGAUGAACAAUGUUCAGAGUGCACUUCUGAGUGGGAAACCUGUGAAUGGCGAGCCCGCAGUCAUCCGUGCUGGUCAGAUCAGUGUGUACGUCAACAGAGUGUCUUCAGACUCCAUGCAGAACCAGAGUAUAGACACCCAGACGAAGACCUCCGCCCGCUUUUCUUUUCCUCCGCUGCCGGCUGACUUGCUGGCACCAGAUGAGCCGCUGGACGUGAGGAUGAUGAGUUUUGAGAGGAAUCCAUAUUCCUGGAGUAAAGAAAACAUCAGCAGCGUCGUGGCAUCCGUCUCUCUUGCACGAGUCGGCGGUGACAUCAUUCCUGUGGAGAACCUGCCUGAGGAGAUAGAGAUUCUCCUGCCGAGACUGGCGGAAGGACAGGAGAACGUCAGCCUCCUGGACUUGGGAAAUUACAGCACAGUAAUAAUUGACAUUCCCUCGCCUGACGUGACACUGGUGCUGAAACUGGAGCCCUCCGAUAAUAUUCCUCUCAAACUGUUGUUGGGGUAUUUGGAUUACCCCAGUGAUGACACAUACCUGGCCCAGACUCGUUUGCCCCGACAGCAAGUUAAAGAAGAGGAGAGAUACAUCUGGGUGUUGGGUCCCAGGGAGAGAGGAGGGGAUGUAGGCCUCCAUUAUCUGGUGGUAAAGCCCAUCGUGGAGGGGGGCAUCAGAUCUGUAAAUGCCUCCGUUGCCAUCACACCGGUGGCUGCUCAGUGCAGGUACUGGAAUGAGACCCUGGCUUCGUGGAGUGAGGCUGGCUGCAGGGUAUGUGUUAUAUCUGACAUGCAGACCCUCCUCGUGUUCUGAAGAAGAAGGCAGAAGUCAAGUCCAGCCCUCUUGUUUUUAUGACAGGUGGGUCCUCUCACCACACCGCGGGUCACCCAGUGCCUCUGCAACCACUUAACCUUCUUCGGGAGCUCGUUCUUCGUUAUGCCAAACCUGGUGGACGUGUCACGCACCGCCGAGCUGUUUGCCACAUUCACAAACAAUCCUGUGGUGGUUUCUUUUGUUGGCGCCAUUUUUGCAUCUUAUCUCAUGGUAGUUGUUUGGGCUCGAAGGAAGGACAUCCAGGACUCGGCUAAGGUCAAGAUAACUGUGCUUGAGGACAAUGACCCCUUGGCUGAAUAUCGCUACAUGCUAACUGUUAACACCGGGCACCGACGUGGCGCCUCCACCUCCUCUCAGGUUACAGUGACUUUGCUGGGUACAGAGGGAGAGAGUGAGCCUCACCACCUGACAGACGGAGAGAAGCCAGUGUUUGAGCGAGGCGGUACGGACUUGUUCCUGUUGACUACGGCUUUCUCUCUGGGAGAGCUGCACAGCAUCCGACUGUGGCACGAUAACUCAGGAACACACCCUGCAUGGUACAUCAACAAGGUUAUGGUGCAGGAUCUGGAGACCGGACAGAAAUGGCAUUUUCUAUGUAACUCCUGGCUGGCCAUCGAUAUGGCAGAGUGUACAUUGGACAAAGUUUUCCCAGUUGCCACAGACAUGGAUUUGAGGAGAUUUAGUAAUCUGUUCUUCACGAAGACGGCGAGGGACUUCCGUGACAGCCAUAUCUGGUUCUCUGUGGUCAGCCGGCCCCCCAGCAGCUCCUUCAGCCGUGUGCAGAGAGUCUCCUGCUGCUUGUCUCUGCUGCUGUGCACCAUGCUGACCAGCAUCAUGUUCUGGGGCAUCCCCACAGACCCCUCAGAGCAGACGAUGGACCUCGGCCAUAUUGAGUUCACCUGGCAGCAGGUUUUGAUCGGAGUUCAAAGUUCAGUCAUCAUGUUUCCCAUCAAUCUGCUUAUCGUGAGUAUCUUCAGAAACACACGUCCUCGAGUGAGGUCUGGUAAAUCAGAGGCCUGCAAGCAGGGGAAGACGGGCCGAGUGUCUCCUUCACAGAGCAGCUCUCCUCAGAAAGAGACCAGAGACAUUACGCCUGACACCGUCAUCAAGGACAUCAAGAGAAUUGCUCAGUCGCUCUCGAGGGCUAUGAAAAGUCCUGUUCCCCUUGUGGAUCUCAGACCGGGUCAACAGGCUGACAUUAACUCUCUGCUGUCUAUGGUGGAGGACAUCAUCCGCCAGCAAAACCGAGCCAGAGGAGAGUUUUACUCUGAUGCCGCUAAGACAGACGGCUCCAUGAUUCUCACAUUGGGUUCAGUCAAUCUACAAGAGAGCAGUGUGUGUGGGAGUCCUGAAAAAGUGAGGGAAGGAGUCCAGAAGAGGAGCAACAGUCAAUAUCUGUACCGGCAGCUUCGUCACGUGGAGAAGGAGUUGGGUUUGCUUGGCCCGUCUCGUUUUCCCAACCCAGACAGCUUCAACCGGGCAGUGCAACAAGUCCAGGGAAUGAAGGGUCUUCUGGAGCACCACCUCCCUCCAUCCGGCCUACAAGGGGAUGUGCUGGGCCCUGGCCCUGCAGAAAGCAUCAAUGGAGACAAUACCAGAAAAUGCUGUUCGGGGGGGUUACCUUGGUGGUUCGUGUACGUAGGAUGGAUACUGGUGAUCGCUACUAGUGGUGUUUCAGGAUAUUUCACUAUGAUGUAUGGACUGACAUAUGGGAAGGAUCGCUCUAUAAGCUGGCUCAUCUCAAUGGUGGUCUCCUUCUUUGAGAGUCUCUUCAUUACUCAACCUCUGAAGGUCUUCGGUUUUGCUGCGUUUUUCGCUCUUGUCCUGAAAAGAGUGGAUCAGGAAGAAUAUGGCGAGCCUCAGAUAGAAGACACUUUCAGCAACCCAGAUGAUCCUGACGCUGUGCGAGUGGCCAGAAGAGACAGCACGUGCAGCUUUUACCAGCCGCCUCCAUCCACAGACAUUGAGAAGAUGAGGAGAAACAUGGUGAAAGAGCAGAAAGUCUUCGCCCUCAUUAAGGAGAUCCUCGCUUACAUUGGUUUCAUGUGGGUGUUGCUCCUGGUGGCGUAUGGUCAGAGAGACCCAAAUGCGUAUUUUCUGAGCCAGCACAUCCGAGAGAGCUUCAGCAAAGGAAUCUCGGACAGUAUGAGCAUCCAUGAUAUUUUCAUCUGGGCAAACACGUCUCUACUGAGCAACCUCUACGGAGAAUAUCCAGGAUUCAUCACAGAUGGAAACUCCAAGCUGGUGGGGAGUGCACGUCUUCGGCAGGUGAGGGUGUUGAAGGACUCCUGCCGUCUUGCUGGCUCCAUGCGGCGCUCUGUGCUGGACUGUCAUGCUCCAUAUUCGUGGGAGUUGGAGGAUGUUGGCUCCUAUGGUCCAGGAUGGAGACACAUCGGAGCACAAAACUCCUCUCAGGACCUCCAUGGCCCCUGGAGGUACCAGUCUCAGGCCCAGCUUAAGGCCCACCCUGUCUGGGGUAACGUGGUUAUUUACAGAGGAGGUGGCUUUGUGGCGGAUCUGGGCCCAGACUUACAAAAGUCCAGCAGAACUCUUGGCUACCUUUUUGACAACACGUGGCUUGACAUCUACACUCAGGCAGUCUUUGUUGAGUUCACCGUGUACAACGCCAAUGUCAACCUGUUCUGUAUUGUGACUCUGCUGCUAGAGACAACUGCCAUAGGAGCAUUCCAGUUUCGCAGUGAGCUCCAAAGUGUCCGUCUCUACCAGUCCCCCGGUGGACUUCACAUCUUUGUCAUGGCAUCUGAAGUUAUCUAUUUCCUCUUCAUCAUCUAUUACAUGCUUGUUCAGGGAAAGCUGAUGAAAAAACAGAAGUGGUCUUAUUUUAAAAGUAAAUGGAGUCUGUUAGAGGUGUCCAUCAUCAUUCUCAGCUGGAGUGCGCUGUCUGUCUUCAUUAAGAGGUCUCUUCUUGGGAACCGGGACAUGGCCUACUACCAGAACCACAGAGACCAAUAUGCCAGUUUCCAUGAGACGGCCACGGCUGAUGCAGUUCUGGGAUAUCUGAUCGCCUUCCUGGUGCUGCUGGCGACGGUCAAACUGUGGCACCUGCUGAGACUGAACCCUAAACUACACAUGAUAACCGCCACUCUGCAGCGCGCCUGGACAGAUAUAUCGGGCUUCCUGCUGGUCAUGACCAUCAUGUUCCUUGCGUACUCCAUUGCUUCCAAUCUGAUGUAUGGCUGGAAGCUGUACUCAUACCGAACCCUGAUGGAUGCAGCUCAGACGAUGGUCAGUUUGCAGCUCGGCAUUUUCAACUAUGAAGAGGUCCUGAAUUACAAUCCUGUGCUGGGUGCGUUCCUCAUUGGCUCCUGCAUCGUCUUCAUGACCUUUGUGGUGCUGAACCUCUUCAUCUCUGUCAUCCUCGUAGCAUUUAGUCAAGAGCAGAUCCAUCAUGAGCCGUCAGAAGAAGAGGAGAUUGUGGAUCUGAUGCUGAUGAAACUCUGCAGUCUGUUUGGAAUAAAAUGUAAGAAACAGGAUGCCAACGGUCCGCCAGAGAACGCAGUAGUUUGACUUGCUGUGACCAAAAG